AUGCCAGAAAUUACCGAUGAGGGAAGGAGACGGGCGCUGUCCUCGGUGAAGCUGGAAGGGGCUGAUGUGGGUCUGGACGAUUCCCUGGGAAAGCCGUUUGUGUUUAGGUGCCACCCCCUGUCCGGUCAGCGCAUCUACCUUCUCUGUGCCACGUCAAACCAGGACAUGAAAAGGUGGCUGGAAGCGAUGGAAAGGGCCAUUCAUCCCAUCACACAGAACCACGUCUGGGUUGACGUGACGAGACACAACUCCAAUCUGCCCCCGCUGGCUGUGAAGAACCCCGACUGUCUGGGACUGCUUAAUAAGAUGGACAAAAGCAGGGACGCCUGGGUCCAGCACUACUGCAUCCUGAAGGACGGCUGCCUCUACCUGUACAGCGGCAUCCGUGCAACCCACGCACACGGUGGGAUCUAUCUGCAGGGGUACAUGGUGCGGGAGCAGCCCUACGGAUCUAAGAAGUCCACCAUUGAGCUGAGACCUCCGUCUGACGAGUUUAAGACCUUCUACCUCUGCUCCGACAACUCAGCUGAAAAUAAACGAUGGAUAAUGUCUCUCAAAGCUUCAAUAAAGAAGUGGCUGCCGUUACACCAGGCCCUGCAGGACUACGUGAACCGCCUCCCAGAGGAGACCAGGAUGUGAGGCGCCGCGAGCACCCUGGCUGACGGUUGCUCCUCCCUUUCCUCUCUGCUGGCCGCACUGCCCCUCAGUCCAAUAGUCAAAUACAAACGUGUACAUAACACCUCUUCAUUUCACUCAAUAAAUCCCUUUUCAAG